GCCGUGUGCAAUGCAUUGACGCUCGGAGCAGCAACGAAUUGUGGCGACUCCGGAACGACCUCCUGGGAAAGGGUUACGACACCGGAACUAGGCCUGCCACGAACGCCAACGAUACGACGCAGGUGGUUGUGAGUUUCGGCACUGUCGACGGUCCUUACCUGUAUCCGGACAGAGAGCUGUUCUACGCAGAUGUCGGUAUAUGCUUGACAUGGAGGGAUCACCGACUUAAGUGGAAUGCAACAGAGUAUGGGGGGCAGAAGGUGAUCAGCCUAAAGGCGGACGAUAUUUGGAAACCGGAACUCUAUAUGAUGUCGUCUUGGUCAGACGUCUACUCCAGCGUUCUCAGAAGCAUUUUCGUGCAUGUGGAGGCCGGAGGAAUUGUUGAAAUGUGCUCGGCGGCAUCCGUGCAAACGUUUUGCGACGCAGACAUGACGAACUUCCCCAUGGACCGACACGAAUGCGUCGUAGAGUACUGCGCCAUACUGGACACGGUGAAGGACGUGAACCUCACCGUCGGCGAUAUGGGCACCGAGGCCAACGAGGACUCGGAGUUUCGGCUCGUCUCCCUCACCUCCAAGACAGAGAUAAACGAAUUUGAGGAGUACGGCAGCUACUCUUCGGUGGUCUACCGCUUCGUCCUGCAGAGACGCAACCUGUUCCAACACUUCACGCUCCUCAUUCCGGCGGUCGGCGUGGUGCUGCUUAGCCUACUCACACUGUGGCUGCAGCCAUUGUCGGAUCGGCGUUUCGCCGUAGCUGGCGCCACGUUCCUGGUGUCGCUGCUGUUGCUGUACCGGGCAGACGACGUGGCAGCUGGGUCCACGCAAGUGCCGAAAAUAACCAUCGUGUUGAGUACCAACGUGUUGAUCAACGCGCUGACAAUCGUUGCCACCAUCGUCAACAUGAACCUCACCAGGUUCCUGCCAACGGUGCGGGCGCUACCUCCGGUUGUCUGCAAGGUCGCGGGAUUGAUCGCCACUGGUGUGCCCCUGGUGUGUCCAGGACCGAAAGUCUCUGCUGAAAGCACCGCGGACGACGUAGCGCGUACUGUGACCAAGGCACUCGAUCGCGUAUUCUUCGUGGCUUGUUUAACUACAUUCACCGCCAUCGUAGCAGCCUGGUGA